AUGAUGGUUUUUGGCGUUUUGACAUCAGAGAAACAGACUAUUUGUAGACUUCAAGGUACAGGUGUUUUUCCAGACUUCUUUAAAGACGGAGAUAUUGUGAUUGGGGGAGUGUUUGCAAUCCACAGCAAGACAGAGGAGACAGAACUCAACUUUAAAACCAAACCACAGCAUCAGGAAUGUAAAAGCUUUUACUCUGCAGAAUUUCAGUCGGCACUGACGAUGAUCUUUACCAUUGAAGAAAUAAACAACAGGACUGAUGUUCUUCCUGGAGUGUCUUUGGGAUUUAAGAUUUAUGACACAUAUGGCUCCAUACCUUUGGCUAUAAGAGCAGCCAUGGCUCUGAUGAAUGGAAAUGAGGAAACUCUCUCUGACAGCUCCUGCUCCAGACCAGCUGCAGUUCAAGCUAUAAUAGGAGAAUCUGCAUCAUCACCCACAAUUGCAAUCUCAUCAGCAGUUGGACCUUUUCAAAUUCCUGUGAUCAGUCACUUUGCAACCUGUGCAUGUCUGAGCAAUCGAAGGCGAUUCCCUUCAUUCUUCAGAACCAUCCCCAGUGACUUUUAUCAGAGCAGAGCUCUGGCUCAGCUUGUGAAGCACUUUGGAUGGACCUGGGUUGGGGCCAUUAGAAGUGACAAUGAUUAUGGCCACAGUGGAAUGACUACCUUUAUACAAGCUGCCCAGAAAGAGGGCAUCUGUAUUGAAUAUUCAGAAACCAUUCAUGAAAACUAUCCGAGGAAGGACAUUCUUAAAACCAUAAAUGUAAUAAAAAAGAGCACAGCAAAGGCCAUUAUAGCUUUCCUUGCCCGAGCAGAGAUUAUUGUUUUAUUGAGAGAAUUAUCACUUCAGAAUGUAACUGGUCACCAAUGGAUUGGCAGUGAAGCCUGGAUUACUGCCAGUAAUGUUGCAACUGCAGAGGGUUAUAGAAUUCUGAGAGGAGCUAUAGGGUUUGCUAUUCUUAAAACCAAAGUAGAUGGACUGAGAGAGUUUUUAACAAAUAUUCAUCCAUCACAACAUCCAGGCAAUGUGGUGAUCAAUGAGUUUUGGGAAACUGCAUUUAAUUGUUCCCUGACAAAUGAAGAAAAUUCAACUGGUAGGACAACUUGUACAGGGACUGAAAAUUUAAGAGAAAAAAGUGGAUAUGCGGUUGUGUCGGAGAUGAGAUUUUUCAAUAAUUUAUAUAAAUCAGUGUAUGCUGUUGCAUAUGCUCUACAUAGCCUGCUUGAGUGCAAACCACAAGGUCCUUCUUCCAAUUACACUUGUGCAAAAAUGAGUAAUACUGAACCAAGGCAGGUUCUUCAGCAUCUCAAAAAAGUAAAUUUCAUAACCAAAACAGGAGAACAGGUCUCAUUCGAUGACAAUGGAGAUCCAGUUGCGAGAUAUGAAUUAGUGAACUGGCAGCUUGUUAAUGAGAGCACCAUCCAGUUUGUGACUGUUGGUUACUAUGAUGCUUCACUGCCAGCAGGUCGUCAGUUUAAGCCUGAGUCAGUGUGCAGUGAGAGCUGUCCCCCAGGCACUCGAAAGGCAGUUCAGAGAGGAAGGCCUGUGUGUUGCUAUGAUUGCAUACGAUGUGCUGAAGGAGAGAUCAGCAACACCACAGAUGCUAAUGGCUGUAUCCAGUGUUCUUUGGAUUGUUGGUCAAAUGAGAAAAGAGAUGCAUGUGUACUUAAAAUAAUUGAAUUUUUGUCCUUUGGAGAAAUCAUGGGAAUUGUGCUCUUGAUAUUUUCUGUGUCUGGAGUUGGUGUAACUAUAGGGAUAGCACUGAUCUUCUUUAAAUAUAAGGAUACUCCCAUCGUUAAAGCCAAUAACUCUGAACUGAGUUUCCUUCUGCUCUUUUCAUUGACUCUGUGUUUCCUCUGUUCACUUACUUUCAUUGGCCAGCCCUCUGACUGGUCCUGUAUGUUGCGGCACACAGCAUUUGGGAUCACAUUUGUCCUGUGCAUCUCUUGUGUUCUGGGGAAAACAAUAGUGGUGUUAAUGGCCUUUAGGGCUACACUGCCAGGCAAUAACAUCAUGAAAUGGUUUGGGCCCACACAGCAACGAUUAAGUGUUCUUGCUUUCACACUUGUACAGGUCUUGAUUUGUGUUCUUUGGUUGGCAAUAUCACCUCCUUUUCCUAAAAAGAACAUGAAAUACUACAGAGAAAAAAUAAUUCUGGAGUGUGACCUAGGAUCUGCAGGUGCAUUCUGGGCUGUGUUAGGGUACAUAGGAUUCCUCUCUGCCUUGUGCUUUGUGCUCGCUUUUUUGGCUCGGAAGCUGCCUGAUAACUUCAAUGAAGCCAAAUUCAUUACAUUCAGCAUGCUCAUAUUCUGUGCUGUCUGGAUCACCUUUAUACCAGCUUAUAUCAGCUCUCCUGGGAAAUUCACAGUAGCUGUAGAAAUAUUUGCAAUUUUGGCAUCGAGUUUUGGUUUAUUCUUCUGUAUAUUUGCCCCAAAAUGUUAUAUACUUUUACUAAAGCCUGAAUUAAAUACAAAGAAACAUCUGAUGGGUAAAAUGCCAUCAUAG